AUGAGUAAUUUAGAAGAGAGGCAAAGAUCAAUAAGGGUUUUAAAAUUUCCUCAUGAUCAAGAUUGCUUGUUAAUAUUGAAUCUUGAAAAUGAAGAAAUUGGUGGUGGUGAGGUUGAAAAGAUCAUUAAAGUUAAAAGUGGUGUCGAUGUCGUCUUUGCAGAUGAAUCAGUUGCUGAAUUAUUUCUGAUACAAGAGUCUAUUGAAUUAGAAGGAGUCAAAUACAAAAUUGUUAAAGUUAAAUCUGAUGUACUUGAAAUUACUUGGGAACAUGUUUCACUUUCAGAAAAGAAUUUAAGAUUAUAUUUAGAAAAUUGUAAACGAUCUGGUGGGGGUCCUAUAAAGAGAAUUGUUCAUAACUCUAAUUUGUGUUAUGCCUUGUGUGAAUUUAAAGAUGCAACAGUUUUAGACCGAAUUUUAGACAAAUCCCACUGCCUCUCAUACACUGAAUUAAAAAUGAGAAAAGUAGAAUUCGAAGAGCUUGAUGAUCUCUAUAAUUGCUGUUCAGUGAGGGUUGUGUUUCCCAAUGAUCCCCAAAUGACUUUAGAAGAAAUUCAAUUAUUUUUUGAAAAUAAGACAGCUGGUGGGAGCCAAAUAACGAACCUGUACUUGGACAGAUUUAGCAGGAUUGCUGUCCUAACUUACAAUUCUCACACAGAUGUUGAAAAGUUGUUAGAGUACCACGGUUAUGAUCCAUUAAAUUUCAAAGGACAAUAUUUUAACAUUGAACAAUUGUUUCCUAUAUACUUACCUUCAAUUGAACAUUUUGAAAGUUUUUCAAAAAAAGUAAUUUUGAUAAGUGAACUACCAAAGCUUUUUAAAAAUGAUGAUUUGAUGAAGUUCAUUAAAAUGGCGCUAGUUGAAGAUGUUACCAAUUUACUCUUCUCACAAGAAAAGCCUGGUCUAGCUCUUGUGUUUUUUCAAAAUGAUAUUGAUUUCAAAAAAAUUCAGGAAUUGGUGUAUAAAAGAGCAUUCAUGGAUAAAAUGCUGUCAAUUAGGCCAGCUAAAAAACCAAAAAAACUUGAAGUUUACGACCCUUGUCAAUCAUAUGGUGCUGAUGGGUUACUUCUUUACUUUGAACAGCAAGAAAAAGGAAAUUAUGAAGUGGAAUCAGUAGAAAAAAGAGAUGACAAUGUUGUUGUAACCUUCAAAGACUUGUCUGGUGAAUAG